AUGGUGCUCUCGCUAUCUGUCCCUAGCUUCUCCAGAUCUUCCUCGUCCUCAUCCCAGGCGACACCUGAAACUAACAACAACAACAACAACCAGAAUCAACGACGCCUUCACCGACCAUCAACCUCAACAAAACACCCAUGGCGUCCAACGUCUGUCAUCUCCUCCUCCACCGACCACCACCCAUCCUCCUCCAGCAAUAGCACCAGCAGCACCAUUCUCCGCACCCCAUUCACAACUUCCCGCACCCGCACUCUCCCAAAAACAGAAGAACAACUCGAAGAACACCACCGCGAACAAGCAGAACUCAACACCGCGCUAGAAACACUCGCCCGGGUCUUCCCGGAUGUCAAAGUCGAGGUCUUCCGGGAGAUGCUGGUGCGGUUCGAUGGGAAUAGUCGAGUCGAGGUUUGUGUCGACGAGUUGAUACGGCAUAAGAAGGAGUGGGUUGCGGGGAGGUGGAAUGUUCCUGAUGGUGAUAACGCUGGAUCUGGGACAGCGGCAGGUGCAGCUGGAGGUGUGGUUGGGGGUGUUGGUGAAGAUGAAGGGGCGGUGCCGUACGAAGAACGAUUCCGGUCCGACGAAUAUAAAGCCGCUGUUAAGGCUGCGUUGGGGAAAGAGUUUACUGCGCUGAGCAAGAGUACCAUGGACGCGGUUCUCGCGGAGGUGAAUUUCUGCUAUCACCGGGCGAGACCUACCCUACGGGAUUUGGCGAGACGGACGUGGCGCGCGACGUUUAAUAAUUUGUUCCCGUCGUUUAAGCGGAAGAAAGAUCGCGAUGAGCAUCCGUUACUGAUGUGGCAGCGGCGGGCGGAUGGGGAGGCUGUUCCCAAGUUGAAAGAGACGGGUUGUGCGGAGUUAGAUCGGGAACUGCACGAGGCGUUACUGGCGCCGUUGUUGCGGCAGAAACAGGAAGAGCAGGAGGGGAGGGACUACCAGUUAGCGGAGGAGUUGAACGAGAGUGAGGCGAAGGCUGCGGAUGCGCUGUAUGAAUGUGAGUGCUGUCUGGCGGAUGUGACGUUUGAGCAGAUAUCGACGUGUUCGGUGGCUGGGCAUGUUAUAUGCUACGGAUGUAUACAGAGGACUGUGCACGAGGCGCUUUUUGGACAGGGGUGGAAUAAAUCCGUUGAUAUGGAACGGUCGACGCUGAAGUGUCUUGCGCCGCUCUCGCAUGGGAACUGCGAGGGGAGUUUACACCCUGGUAUUGUGAAGCAGGCGAUUCUGCUGGAUAAAGCUGGGUUCGAGACGCAUCAGAAGUUCGAGGAUCGUCUGGCUAGCGAGGCGCUGCUGAAAUCGCAGUACAAGCUUAUUCGCUGCCCGUUUUGCUCGUACGCUGAGGUUGAUCCGGUUUACCAUCCUUCGGUUAGGGGUGUGCGAUGGCGGUUUCGCAGUAAUGGAGCGCUGGCUGCGAUUAUCUUGGUUAUUGUCUAUAUCGAUUUGAUCUGUUUACUCGCAGUGCCUGCGCUUAUCCUCUGGUUGAUGGAUCCGUCUGCCAUCCCUGCCAUCCUACAGAAUUCGCUGCUGAAUCUGUGUCUCAAGACCCGUCCGAAACGGUUUACUUGUGCGCAUCCGGCCUGUCGACGGGCUAGUUGCAUAACCUGCCAGAAACCAUGGCGAGACCCGCACGUUUGUCACGAACCAUUGCUCCUCGAUUUACGCGCAACAGUCGAAGCAGCGCGCACGGCAGCCGUGAAACGAACAUGCCCCCGAUGCGGUCUAUCGUUUGUGAAGUCGUCCGGCUGCAACAAACUAACCUGCGUCUGCGGCUACUCAAUGUGCUACCUCUGCCGCAAAGCCCUAGGACCACCCCUUGAACCAGCACUCCAACUCCGUCGUCGAAGACCACUCCGCCGAAAUCAGGAAAACAUCCCUCCUGGUGAAGAAGAAGACAUAUACGAAGACAACGACCAACCCGAAGAACCAGAAGGCUACCGGCACUUCUGCGAACACUUCCGUCCGAACCCCGGCUCGCGCUGCACCGAGUGCAACAAAUGCGACCUCUACCAAUCCGAAGAUGAAGAUGCCGUUGCACGACGGGCUGGUGAGCGUGCGGAGCGCGAGUGGCGGAUACGUCAGGGUAUGACCGGCGGCGCUGGCGCUGUUGUCCCAGGUGUGGGAAAUCGGAAUGUCAACCUUGAUUUUUCGACUGAGGGCAAGGGGAAAGGGAAACGUGGUAGUGAAGGGAUGUGGUGGGAUAAUGGCAAAAGCGAUUGGAAUUGGAAGUAUUGGAUGGUUGAUAUGUGGUCCGAUGGGUCGUGGAGGGUGGAGGGGCAGACGGCGGUGGAUUGGGUUGUGGAGAGGGUUGUUGUUGUUGAUGAGAUUUAA